AUGGUAAAUGAUGCGUCCACGUACAAGCAACGGAAAGACAAUCCAUCGAACCGAGUGCUAAAAAUGUUAAACAGCAUAAUAGAACAGUGGUGGUUAGACCAGCACAUCGACAGAGCGACGAAACACAAGCUUAAGAUGUACAACUGCACCCCACCGCGAAUCUAUGGACUCCCCAAAAUUCACAAAGAAAACUGCCCCCUCCGUCCUGUGAUAUCCACCAUCGGUUCAGCAACCUACCACAUGGCUCAGUAUCUAUCGGAAAUUUUAAACAAUUUAGUGGGAAAAACGGAGUACCACGUUCGCAACAGCUUCGAAUUUGCUAAGGAGAUAUCCAAGAUACGGGUACCGGAAGGAUGUGUAAUGUAUUCAUUAGAUGUGGUAUCCCUAUACACUAAUAUACCUGUCAAUAAAGUGUACGAGUACGUCGAAGAAAGAUGGAAUGAAGUAGCACAAACAACCACUAUUCCUUGGGACAGUUUUAAACAAGCAAUGAAAACUGUACUAGAAGCUUCCUUUUUUCAGUAUGACGGAAAGUUCUACGACCAAAUAUUUGGAGUGCCCAUGGGAUCCCCCCUCUCUCCCGUCGUUGCUAACAUUGUUAUGGAAAAAUUAGAGGGAGAGGCCCUCGAGGGAUUGAAGCAAAAGGGAAUACCGCUGAUAGUGUACCGACGGUAUGUAGAUGAUUGCUUUCUUGUGGGUAAAGAAAAUGAGAUAGAAACUGUCAUCGAAGAAUUUAACGAGCAACAUACUAGCAUUAAAUUCACGGUAGAAAAAGAAAGCAACGAAUCGAUUCGCUUUUUAGAUCUACUAUUAUCCAGAAACGGGGAAAAAAUCGACAAAAAAUGGCUCCCGAAACAGAAAACAGGACGGUAUUUGGACUACACAUCGGAGAGCCCAUACACCCACAAGAAGAACACCGCAAUUGCACUUAUGGACCGAGCACUAAAACUCACGGAUGCGAACAAAAGGUAA